UGAUGUAUGCAUUUAAAUAAAUUAUUGAAUACAGUUUCUUCAAAACAUUGUUUAAACGUUUUAAACGUUUUUAAAACGUUUUUAAAAAUUUGUUUAAACGUUUUAAAAACAUUAUCUGCAAAUCAUGACCCAAGAUUAUGCGUAUUAAUUUGCAUACAACGUUAAAUACGACAUAUUUGAAAAUAUUACAUGUUACUGAAUGUAGUUGUAAUAAUAUGAUAGUAAUAAAUUUAUGCUUGCUGAUAAUGAUCAAUCGGUAUAAUUUAACAUGUACAAUUUUUAUUACAAGGAUGGCAGUGUCACACAUAAUAUAAAAUAAUUAAAUAAAUGUCACCUUUAUCGUACCAAACCUUUUGUAUUUGCAUGCUUCCAAUCUUGCAUGAUGAUGAUAAUAAUUAAUGAAGAUGAUGACUCACGUAAUAUUUUUCCACGUAUAACCGAGAGAGCAAAAUUACAUUCUCACCGAAGCUCUCGUGCAACAACGCCGUUUUUAUCUAUCACUGAAUAAUCGUCGCGAAUAUAUUAGUUUGAAAGACAUAAGAACUGUUUAGUGCGAGUUAUAAAUAUUUAUUCCUUUGCGUAUUCUGCGUAUUAACACUCGUUAUUCAAGCAAUCAAAUUUUAUAAACACUCAGCCGUUGUCUACUCGCACCUAUCAUUGGUACGCAUUUUAUAUUCAUGCGAGACGUGUCGCAAGUGCUUGACAUCUACAAAAACUCGCGUGGCCGUUUAACGAUCAUGCGAUUCGACCAUGGGAAACAGACGACUGUGCGGAACAGUAUCUAAAAUAUUAAUUUAUCUAUAACCGACAUUUAUCACAAGAAAAAAAUCUUUCGAGGGAGGUCUCGAAAUUCAGACAUCGUGCCGACCACUUGUACGAGAAGUAUGGAUCACGAUAGAAAUUACUAUUAUGAUAUCUGUAAAAGGUAUUUGAUGCUGGUUGGUCAGUGGCCUUAUCAAACGUUCAAAGGGAGUUUAUUUGGGUGGAUUAUUUUACUCAUUAUGUAUAUUAGCGCGUAUGUUACACAGAUGGCAAAAUUUGUCGUAUGCAGUAAUAUGGAAUGUAUUUAUGAAACUUUAACUCCACACAUGGUGACUAUUAUGGUCAUGGUGAAAGUUUGUACGUUUCAGUUUAAUAGCAGAAAAAUUAAAGAUCUCACUGAUCGCUUAUUCGCAGACUGGGAUAUGCUCGAAACUAAGGAAGAACACAAUAUUAUGAAACGAUAUGCCGAAAAUGGCAGGUGGUACGCGCUGAUGUACGGCACGUACGUUUACGUAUCUGCUUUUUCGUUUACAUCAAUGUCUCUCAUGCCACGCAUUUUGGAUGUUGUAUUUCCGUUGAAUACUUCCCGUCCUAUAAUGUUACCAUAUCCAGCAUACUAUUUCAUUGACGAUGAACAGUAUUUCUACUACAUUUAUUUACAUAUGUUAGUUGCCAGCACUGUGGGUAUGACGGGAAUAAUCGCGCACGAUAGCAUGUUUUUUGUUUUCAUCGAACAUAUAUGCGGUCUUUCCGCCGUUGUUGGAUUUAGAUUUGAGCAUGUGUCAUAUAUACGUAAUAAUACGGAUAAAGAUUUGAUCUACUAUUCAGGUAAAGAUCUAAUCUAUUGCUCGAAUGACAAAUAUUAUAAAAACGUUGCGUCUUCAAUUCACGCUCAUCAACAAAUUUUGAAGUUUGCUAAACUUCUCGAAGAUACUUUUAUGAUAGCGUUUGCUGUGCAACUUUUGAUAAUUACAAUCGCCUUGAGCGUUGCCUUAUUACAACUGUCGGCGCAAUUGCACGAUUUACCAGAAGCGACGAGAUACGUCGUCAUGAUUAUUGGUCAAUUGUUACACUUAUUCUGCUUAAGCUUCCAAGGACAACAGUUAAUAAAUCACAGCCUCGAAACUUGCGACAAAAUAUUUUGCAGCUCGUGGUUUAACAUACCCGUAAAAGAACAAAAGCUGCUCCUGUUUGCAAUGAAAAAGAGCAUAGAACCUAAUAUUGUGACUGCUGGCAAAAUAUAUGUGUUUUCUUUAGAAAGCUUCACAAAGGUGGUGCAAAGUUCGGUGUCGUAUUUUACGUUACUAUCAUCCCUAGACGAGUCGUGAUUAAUCAAGAAUGGUUAUGCCAGCAUGCAGUAAAAUAUCCCUGAAACAUUCCACAGGAGUAUAAUAUUACUAAUUACAUAUAUAUAUAUAUAUAUAUAUAUAUACAUAUAUAUAUAUAUAAUAAAAUGAUGUUUAUAUUUGCUAUCACAUUUAAAAUUUUAGAAGUACAAUUUAAAAAAAAAUAAAAUUUAAUUUUAUUGUUAAGCGAUCAAAAGUUUUUUUCUUUCAUCUUUUCCUGAAAUUCUCAUAUCAGACACAAGCUUUCUACAUAUAUAUAGAAGGAAGAUUUUGCUUCACUAUUUUAUUCUGAUUGAUACGUGCUGUUUGGAGGAAGUUUUGAA